AUGUAUAUAUAUAUAUAUAUACGCGCAUGUAGUAAAAAAAAAAAGAGACAAAACAAAAGGCCGUUUUCCAUGUAUUCCUACGCGAAGAGAAACUGCAUGCCCCUUUUGCUAGGAUCAUUGACAGGACUAGCGAUAAGCUACUUAUUUUUGAAUAGGAGAAAACUUACCAGAUGUCUGACUUGCACAGUGGAGAGAAUCAUCAGAAAAUGUGAAGUGCGAAAAUUGUACCGAAGAAAGAAAAAUAAUAAGGAACACAAAUAUAAUAGUGAACAUAAGGAAAAUGAAGAUGAGGAAAUUCCUGAAGGAUGCCCAGGCAUGGAAAACGAAAAGGCAGGGAAAUCCAAAGUUUGCGAAGGCUGCCCAAACCGAAAAAUUUGCAAUAAUCCAGAACUGAGAAAAGAAAAAGAGCAGGAAAAAAAUCAAAUUUAUAAUCAAAUCCAAGAGAAUUUAAAAAAUGUAAAAUACAAAAUUUUGAUUUUAUCUGGAAAAGGAGGAGUAGGAAAAUCAACGGUAGCAUCUCAAUUAGCUUUUUCAUUAUCUCACUUAAAUUAUGAUGUAGGGUUGUUGGACAUUGACAUAUGUGGCCCAUCUAUCCCUGUCUUAACGCAAACAUUAAAUCAUGAUGUUAAUUAUAGUAUGAAUGGAUGGGUUCCGAUAUAUAAAAAUAAUUUAUCAAUUAUGUCUGUUGGAUAUUUAUUACCUAAUUUUGAUGACCCAGUUAUAUGGAGAGGUCCCAAAAAAAAUGGACUAAUCAAACAAUUUUUAUGUGACGUAUACUGGAAGAAUCAGGAUUUUUUAAUUAUAGACACUCCCCCUGGAACUAGUGAUGAACACUUAACCAUUUGUUCUUAUUUAAAAAAUAAUUUAGAUGGUUGUUUAAUAGUUACUACUCCCCAUAUAUUAUCCAUAUGUGAUGUUAAGAAAGAAAUUGAAUUUUGUAAAAAAACGAAUAUUCCUAUUUUGGGAGUAAUUGAAAAUAUGCACCAAUCUAUAUUUGUGUCAAAUUACACUGUUGAAAAAAUGUGCGCAGAAAUGAAUGUUAAUUAUGCCGGGAAAAUAACAUUUAAUCAAAAUCUCAUUGAUGCUUGUCAACAGGGUAUUGGUUGUUGUGAUUUGGAUCCUUCUAGUUCAUCAUCUAGGGAAAUUUUUCAAUUAUGUAAAUUUUUCAUCCAAAAAAUAUAUCAAAAUUAUCUCCAUUUAUCCAAUCAUAUGGAUGAGCAAGACAAUGCAACAGGGCAACAAAACAGGGAUGGAGAAGAAUUUAAUUCAUCACAUGUUCAAACGCUUCAAAAAUUAUUGAAUGAAAUUAGCCAACUCAUUGAGGAAAAGCCCAAAUGA